UUUCGCCUGAAGUAAAUGUUGUGGUGAUUUGUCUUUAUCUUUUUCAAAAAGAAUGCUUACAAAUCGAAUUUGAAAAACUUGGAUAUAAUGUACUCACUGUGUCGGUAGAUGGUUAUCAAUCAAUGGAAGCGGAUCUUAUUAUACUAGUGACUACUCGCUCUCAUAGUACUGAUAGUAACUCAACGGACUCCUCUGAAUUCUUUUCUGAUGAAAAUCGUAGUACUGUAGCGCUAAGUCGAAGCAAACAUGGUCUCUUUCUAGUAGGAGAUAUUGAGUUGCUUAAAUCUGGAAGAGUUUGGUCAAGGUUUAUAGAAAAGGCUACAGAAUUUACUUCAGUGGUAGGAACUAAUUAUUUAAAUAUUUUACAGUCAGGUCGAGUCAAAAGAGACAGAUUUGGUCAAAUUCUCUCCAUGGAGGGUCAAAACGUAUGUCAAAAUGUUGAAAAUUUUAAUUUUCAGGAUCGAUCCAAUGACUCAUGGAGAAAUUAUGGUCAAGGAACAAGCAGUGGUAACAGGUACCAAGAAGAAUGGUUUGUAAAUAAAAAUAAAAAUUUUGAAAAUACAAAUAAUAACAAUUUCAAUUUUAGGAAACGUCCAUUUGCGAGCAACAAUUGGAAAAUGUAUACUGGAAAAACUUUUGUACGCUCGGAUUGCUGUUACAAUUGUGGUCAAUAUGGUCAUAUUUCAAAAGACUGCAAUUCAUGGCGUGGUGCUCUCAUGAUAUGCUCAACUAAUGUUGCACAUCAAUGGAACAAAUGGCUGGAAUUUAUUUUUGUUUUAAUUAUUUUUUCUUCUCUAAUUUUUUUUAAAUCUCAAUUUGUUCUCUACCAUUAA